AGGUCGCUCAAGACGUCUGGACGUUUUCGCGGUCCUUCACCCGGCUUGCAAUCGUGCCAGUGGGAGGGCGAUCGACUGCAGUCAAGUUAUCCAAUGGCGAUGUGUGGGUAAUGGCCUCGACACCUCUGACGACUGAGACCAAAGCCAAAGCCAACGGAAUUGGCCUGGUCAGAUUCGUGGGUAUUCAGGAAUCGUGGAUCGUUGGAGCUGACGCGGUGCACCACAUGUUCCUCGCCAAGCUGGUCGCAGUUGACGAGGCGGUGAAACAGAAGGCUAAGCAAAACCUUGAGUUCCGCGGAGUCUGGGGCUCGGACCCUCGAGAAGCUCAAUAUGGCUUUGAAAGCGAUAGUUAUUCUCGCGAUGAUGCCUACAUAAUGACCAUACACAGCUUUUUCUCUGGAUUCGCUAACCGCGACACAGCCUUCCUCCAUCCCGCCUCGAAGACGCUGAUAUAUUCGAAGACAUCGUCAUCGGGCAAGGUCCCCAUCCUCGGGACUCUUGACCCCUACAUGGACAUCCACAAGCGUUAUGCCUGGUAUAUGAGCGUGGACAAAAAGGACACUGUUGCGAGCUCGGACUUCGGCCGUAUCAUACCUCGCCAUGACGUAUAUAUUAUCGAGAAGGAUGGCCACAAAACCUAGUCGAUGCGGACAAGAAGGCUUGAGGUGUAUGUUGUAUGUUUGCCUCCCCGCUUUGUUCGGUUUCUAA